AUGGUAAGGGGAGGGCACACGCCGGUUGGGUGGGUCUGGGGCGGUGACAGUGGACCAGCGAAGCUGGGGAGAGCUGCGCCGUGCUUCUCUGGGCCCAGACACAAGAAGAACUUGCGCACCAACUUGUGGCUGUGCGAACAGAGCCCAAGCGAUCGGGAGGCCGGGAGGCCGAGGUCGGCGGGGAGCCCGGCAGCCCGACCCGCUUCCUGGCCCCCUUCCUCCGGGAGGAUGUCAAGAGACCAAGCCAGCUGGAAAAAUGAUCUUUCCAACAGACAUGUGAUAGCCUCAACCCAAACCAAAGAAGGUCUAAAGCUUGUGAUGAUAAGUGGAGAUGUUAUUUAUUUCCAGAUGGCAUACACUCAAGAUUAAUGAAAGGAGAAUUCUUCUGAGAAAUUUGGAGACUCAUGGAUUAUAAGCCACUGGAAAUAUUCUUUGCUUUUGCUGCAUCUAAUGAGAUAGCAGCAGGGAGGCAGCCAGCCAGUUU